AUGAGUCGAUCCAAAAAUUCCAAAAAUUUCCGUCGAUCCAGACAAUCGUCUAUCUCAUCGACUAACUCAACACCAUCAAAAAAUCAAGCGAGAUCAACUCAUGUCAGUGAUAUUGUGGUAGAUUCGGCAAGCGACCCAGUCAAAAGAUAUAUGACUUCGAAUAAUCGACCCAAUGUCACAAAAACAUAUAAACCACAAUAUAAAAGGACGAAAGCCGGUUCAUCUCAAAGUAAUGCUACAGAAGUAAUCACCAAACCUGUUGAAGAACCAUUCAAGAAAGAUAGGAUUCCUAAAACAAGGGGUGGUGAGGAGAGAGAAAGCGAUGGAAGAAAUCGCGUUAUUAGCGCCAAACUUCCGAAUAUUACAAAUAAAAAUAUAGAUGAAUAUCCUAGAGAUGUGAAUAAUGAGCAGAGUGAACACAAGGAAAAUGAGGAAGAGGAUUAUUUGCCAGUAGAAUCAAGUAAUGAAAUUGUAGAUAUUUCAAAGAGUGUUCGAGAUGAGAUCAGUGAUAACGGAAGUGACGAUGAAAACGAGAAAAAAUCUAGUGGCAGCGAAACUGAACAGAUAUAUCUAGAUGAGGGAAACAGUGACGAUGAAAGAAGGUCGGAAAACAAUAUGGAAAACAUGGAUUUUGGA